AUGAGGCAUCCACUCCUCCAAGUGGUGCUAUUACUGUUCAUCUGCGGUGCUAUGGCCGGACCUGCAUACGCCUGUAAUUACGAUGAAAUCAAAAAGAAGAACAGUCCUCCUGUCGUUGUGGUGAGAGAAUUACCGAAGAAAGGAGAAGGCGCUUGGCAGGCGUACACCGUGGCGACAUCUGAAGAUAGUAACAGUAAUGAGGGUUGGGAAGCACUCCGCAUUCGUGUGUCAACCGAAGAUUUGAACAAAAAAAAGUACUGUGUAAACUAUGGUGAGCGACGUAAGGAUUUUUUGGAUGGAGAGGAGGUAAAUUGUAAUUUUCAUGAUAUUAUGCUGCGAGGGAAAGAGGAAGCGAUCAAAAAUGAAAUUCUCCCCAAGGCUAUCAAAUUACACACUGAUCGUCUCCUCGUUCAGCGGUUGAAAACACCUUUGCAAGUACCAAAGUUCAGCAAACCUUCUGUUUGUUCUCACUUCACAAGUCCAGGCGACCACGCAUCUCAUGGUGUGCAGGAUGCUGAUUUUUUAUUGUAUGUGGCUGCUGGUCCAAGUAAAAAUACUAACCACUCAUCUUGGGCUGUAACAUGUGCUGUUGAUCAAACUAAACGUCCAAUUGUUGGUGCCAUGAAUAUUCAUCCACUGCAUGCAGAUUCUACACGAGUUAAUGUUCGUUUGGCUGCACAUAAACUCGCACAUGCUCUUGGUUUUGACUACGAAAGGAUGAAGGGGCGUGGAAUGACGAGGCAUAGUAGCAAUUACCAUGACAACCGUGCGGUGAUUGACUCCGCAAAAGUACUGGAAGUGGCAAAGGAACAUUACAAGUGUAACAGCCUAAAAGAAGUUGAGUUGGAACAUACAGCUGAAGGGAAUACAACAUCUCAUUGGAAUCGACGCAACAUGAAGGAUGAGUUGAUGAGUAUGGUUUCCGCAGCUGGAAAUAUUGAGAGUGUUGGUUACUACACUGCACUAACAAUUGCAGCAUUUCAUGAUAUGCAAUAUUACAGGGGAAAUUUCAGCAUGGCUGAACCGAUGAGUUGGGGAUACAUGGGAGGUUGCAACUUUGGUAACGUUACUAUUGAGAACACAAAAAGAGUUUUGGCUCCUAAUGGUUACUGCAUUGAGGCCCUGGAAAAAUCCUGUUCAUCUGAUCGUUUGGGUGUGAUCAAUAGUGUUGCACCCACGACAAAGGAAGUGGAAUCCAUCUGUCCUAUUCUCGUGGCAGAUGUGAGUUUUUUCUGUACCUCGGAAGGAGAUGUACGAGAUAGAGAUGUGGGACUCUUCAGAAAUGAUUCUUGGUGUUUGGAUGUUGAUUAUCCGAACCUUACAAUCGAUGAAGAAAAAAAGAUGAAACGUGGUAUGUGCGCCGCAGUGAAUUGCAGUGAUAAUGGUGUGUUUAGGGUACAGCUUACAGUGGACGGUCCUUGGCACAAUUGUUGGGGAAAUGAAUUUAUUAUGCCAAAUAAGACUGACUACCCCAUGUACGCAGGUGGAAGGAUAAAGUGUCCCAUAUACGAUGAAGUGUGCACUGUGAAGUCCGAUGGAAGCAGUCGUCUCACUUCGCAAGCAAAUGAAAAUACCCCACUAGAAAUAAAAGCUAUUUGGGUAAGCAGCACGCCAACUAAUCCCACUAUUGAAGACCCUCCGCAUUCAUCAGUUCAGAGGAGCCAAGGUCCCCAAACAUCAACAGUUAAUAAUGCUCAGCAAACCACAAGCACUACCACUACUGCAGAUGCAAACAGACAAAGAAGUUCCACAACACCAACUGCUACAGUAAAUAAAAAUGGUAAAACCACAAGGAGCAGUACUGAAUCUACAACAACCCAGGGAUCCGUUAAACAGGAAGAUACUAACAAGAACAGUAAAAAGGCAUCUAAUCGUCGUAAAGAUAACAGCAAGGCUACAAAGGUUUACUCACCACUUGUACUACUUGUUCUCCUUGUUUCGGCUCUGCUGAUAUCAUUUUGA